ACACAAACUUUCACCGCCGAGGCCAGCGGAGAGACAGAAGAGGCAACGAACCACAUGUUGUUCACUCAGAGCGGGGUCUACUCUCCUUGUCUGUAACUCCUGUUGGAUCUCCUCUGGCCUCGUCGCUCCAUGGGACUCCAGAGCUGGCCACCAAGCAAACCAGAACUGUCCUCCAUGGCUUGCCUGGAUGUGGAGAGCCCCAUUUGCAGGGGGAAAUUCAAAUCAGUCCUUCAGCACUGUCUGCAGCAGAGGAGAACUCGGGAGCAGCUUGUGGAGCAAGGCAUCAUGCCGCCUCUGAAAAGCCCCGUUGCCUUCCACAAGCAGAUCCGCAGCCUUCAGAGAGCCAGGACAGGGAAUAUCCUAAAGCAUAAACUCUGCAGCAGACCGAAGCGCUCGGAACUGGUCCGUAUGCACAUCUUAGAAGAAACUCAGGUGGAGCCCUCCCUGCAGGCCACGCAGAUGAGACUGAAGAGAGCCAGACUGGCCGACGAUCUAAACGAGAAAAUCGCCCAGCGACCUGGACCCAUGGAGCUAGUUGAGAAGAAGAUCCUGCCCGUCAACUCUGGAGUCGAAGAACCCAUGAACAAUGGUAAGGCGGAUUACUCAGCCACACCAGAUGUUCCAGAUGUUUACAGCUUUGAUGAGGACAGCAGUGAUGCGUUAUCAUCGCUACGACCCGACAGUCACCCAUCUCCCUCCCAGACGUUACCCUCCCCAAAGGAGUCAAGAAACUGUGACUCCAGCCCUCCUCCACAGCUCUCUCCAACCCGCUGCCCUCAGUCAUCAUCAGAUGUCUCCCCUUCGGAGAAACCGAGCAGCCUGGAAGCCCAUCAGCCUAACGCCGCUGUCAUCCAGGGCAUUUCAUCAAGCCCAGUUGUGGUGAAACAAACUCUGUCGAAGCUAUUCCAUGGACAAAAGCCGCAGCAAAAAGAGCAAAGAGCCCAAGCCGCGGGUGAGAAAACUGAAGUACCAUCAGUACAUCCCCCUGACCAGAAGCAGGAGCUCAGCGAAGCGCCGAUGGACUCCUCUUAUGCCCGACUCCUGCAGCAGCAGCAGCAGUUCCUCCAGCUCCAGAUCCUAAGCCUGCAGCAGCAGAAGUACAACUGCCAGGCCGUUGUACCAGUCACACUGAACAUAUCCACAAGUGAGAUCCAGACCAGCUGCUCGGCUCUUGUCCUUAAAGGAAGCUCUCCAUCGGCUCCCCUGCAGUUCCACCACACUAACACAAAAUCGGAUAACUUACCAGCUAAUAUCGACGAGAUGAAGGUCGCUGAGCUGAAACUGGAGCUAAAGCUCAGAUCUCUGCCUGUUUCUGGGACAAAGACAGAUCUAAUAGAGAGGCUGAAGCUGUUCCACGAGAGUGCUAAAGGCCAGGGUGUGGCUGCCGUGGAGUCAGGAGUCACUGCAGCGAAAUCCCAGUCCGAAAACAGAAACGUAACACCACCUGUUUCCCUUAUAGCUUCCAAGGUCUCCAAACUGGGAAUACAGGAUAGUAGCAUGAAAGACAUUCAAGCAACGUCAGUUUCAGAGACUUUGUCUGAUUCUGCUCUGUGCACGAGCCCCUCAAAGGGAUCCCCGCGUCAAGAGGGCCCCACAGAUGAGAAGGACUCGGAAAAAGACAAACGGCUGCAGGAGAAGGAGCGUCAGAUAGAGGAGCUGAUGAGGAAGCUGGAGCAGGAGCAGAGGCUAGUUGAGGAGCUCAAGAUGCAACUAGAGGUCGAGAAACAAAGCCAGCAGAGCGAUUCUCCUCCUCGUCUUGGCUCGCCGGUGCCGAUCCAGAUAAAAGAGGAAAACAGGAGUCUGUCGAACUGCUCAGCGUCCCGCGGCUCUGCUGAUCUGCAUGUGCAGGUCAAACGGGAGGCCUUUGCUGAUCUUAGCCACGCCACCAGCCCGGAUCGGUUCGUCCCUGGUCACCGGGCCAACACAAAGGCUGAAAACCUGCAGCCCGUCCAGGUCCUACUGCCCACCUCCCUUCCUGGCUCAGUAGGCCCUGCCGAGCUCCCCGCCAAAGGCCUUAAAUUACACACUACUGUUAACAGCACAGCUCCGGGCCACGUUCAGGCCUCCGGCCAUGAGCCAGAGAAACCCACAGAACUACAGCAACAAUCCAGCGUUCACACCCAGCAUCUGACAAAGAGAUGGAGAAUGGAUAACAAGGGGCAAAGCUCGCAGAGCGCAUUCCUGGUGUCUGGAAGUGAUAACCCUUCAUCUCACCAAGCACCCCCAGAUGCACUUAAAGGAAAGCAAACAACUUUUACAAACAACGGACCAAAGACUAAAGACCCACCUCGCUAUGAGGAUGCAGUGAAACACACACGCAGCAUGUUAACAGCUGCUCAGGGUCCCACUGCAGUGAGCCAGCAGAUGGAUGACCUGUUUGACGUGUUGAUUGAAAGUGGAGAGAUCUCCCCUUUCAUCAGACAGCAUCCUCCCAGCAUGGAAAAGCCUCUCCGGGCGACAGCCAGCGUUACCACCCUUCCCAUCAACACGGUUCUGACCCGUCCUCCACCUUUAGUCCAGGUGGCCCAGCCGCCUGGAGCGCCGCUCAGCUCACCAGGAAACAACCUGGAAACCCUUCUGGAUGACACGGAGGCUCAGAGACUGAAGCUGCUGGAGGAGUUAAACUCACCUUUGGUCAGCAUGGAGAUGAACUUCAGUGAAAACAUGCCACCUUCUGGUGUGAACCUGCAAAGCACUUCCGUGGACAGUAUGGAUUGGCUGGACCUCACCCUUUCUGUGCCUGCCGAGGGGAUUAACCCUUUGGACAUGUCAGGGCCAGGGUCUGUCUUCUCCUCUGACUUCCUGGACUCUCAUGAACUGCACUUGAACUGGGACUGAGUGAUUUAAGGGUGAAUGUGGACUUUUUUAUAAUUUUUUUUAUACCAAAACUUGGACUGCUCUCCCUGUAGUCUGUAAAAGCUAUAGUUGCAGAGAAAAAUGAAAAUGGUACGGAUGUUUAAAAGAUUUCCAUCUCAAGUUGAA